CCGUCUCAUAAAAUUGGCUGGUCAGGGCUUGUCACAUUUCAGUAGCUGCUGUCAUGUCGUCGUCGAGUGUGCGCGCGACGGACACGCCUGCGAUCAAGAAUGCACCCGUCGCCGGGCUGGCAGAGGGCAACGGGUACUUCUCAAACACCCACCUCGCCAUCCUCGUCCUUGGCGUGCCGUUCUUUGUCAAGCGCAUACUCCCCAUCGUCAGCCGCGGUGGCUUCAAGACUUAUGUCUUCCUCGUUGUCGUCCUCGGCGUGCCCAUCACCGUCGCUUACUGGACAGUCGCGUCCAUGUAUGGAAAGAGAAAAAACCUGAAGGUCAUCCUGCCCACCAGGGACAUCGAGGAGUACAUCACCAUCAAGGACGAACAACUUAAGUCCCUCUACCAUGGAAAGGAAAAAAUCCCCAUGCAGAUAUUCCACGACGCGUACUUUGACGGCAAAAUCGACUUCAACGGCGAUGUGUUGGAUAUCAUGGAACAGCGCCACGACUGGGCUAAAAUGGUUUUCACCCCAGAACUGUUCAAAUACGUGUUCAUGAACCUACUCCCUGAAGUCAUCGUUCACUCUCAGAGCCAGGACGAGGAACAGGUCCGUGGUCACUAUGACAGAGGCGACGACUUCUAUGAAUGGUUCUUGGGCCCACGCAUGAUUUACACCUCCGGCGUGAUCACCUCCACUACCGAGCCCCAAACUUUGGAACAACUCCAGGAUAACAAGCUCGCUGUCGUCUGCUCAAAACUGAACCUACAGCCCCAUGACCGUCUUCUCGAUGUUGGCUGUGGAUGGGGUACCCUUUCUGCAUUUGCCGCCAAAAACUACGGUUGCGACGUCACCGGCAUCACCCUCGGCAGGAACCAGACAAAGUUUGGCAACGACCGUAUCAAAGACAAUGGUGUCACUCCCGACAAGGCUCGCAUCCUCUGCAUGGACUACCGUGAUAUCCCCUGGUGGCCCCGACGAUACGGUUCAUUCAUGAGACAAAUGUACGAGCUCUUGGACGACGACGGCAUCUUCGUACUCCAAGUCGCCGGCAUCCGCCCCUCAUGGCAGUACGAGGACUUGAUCUGGGGUCUCUUCAUGAACAAGUACAUCUUCCCAGGCGCAGACGCUUCCUGCUCCCUUGGAUGGGUCGUCUCGCAGGUUGAAGCCGCGGGCUUCGAGGUGAAGAACAUCGACGUCCUCGGCGUUCACUAUUCCGCUACCCUGUGGAAGUGGUACCUCAACUGGGUAAGCAACCGGGAGAAAGUUGUCGAAAAAUACGGCGAGAAGUCAGUCGGUUUCGUUGUCUACACUAGGUCGGUUACUGAUGCUUUGUUUAGGUGGUACCGUAUCUGGGUCUUCUUCCUUGCUUGGUCGACCAUUAUCUCGCGACAGGGUUCCGCCUCUGUCUUCCAGCUUACCCUUCACAAGAACUUGAACGCCUACCACCGUGUCAAUGGCAUCCCUUCCCAUGCAUCCAUCCAUGUCAAGGAACGCGAGCAGCGGGAAUGGGUGUCGAUCGAAUAGAGAGCUUCCGUUUCUGCAUGACUUGUCACUCGU